CUCUCCCCGGACCCUGCAUCCACUAUAUCCGCUCUCCCCGGACCCUGCAUCCACUAUAUCCGCUCUCCCCGGACCCUGCAUCCACUAUAUCCGCUCUCCCCGGACCCUGCAUCCACUAUAUCCGCUCUCCCCAGACCCUGCAUCCACUAUAUCCGCUCUCCCCGGACCCUGCAUUCACUAUAUCCGCUCUCCCCGGACCCUGCAUCCACUAUAUCCGGUCUCCCCGGACCCUGCAUCCACUAUAUCCGGUCUCCCCGGACCUUGCAUCCACUAUAUCCGCUCUCCCCGGACCCUGCAUUCACUAUAUCCGGUCUCCCCGGACCCCGCAUUCACUAUAUCCGGUCUCCCCGGACCCCGCAUUCACUAUAUCCGGUCUCCCCGGACCCCGCAUUCACUAUAUCUGGUCUCCCCGGACCCCGCAUUCACUAUAUCCGGUCUCCCCGGACCCAGCAUCCACUAUUCUCCCCGGACCCUGCAUCCACUAUAUCCGCUCUCCCUGGA